AGUGUUUUCAAGUAGAUUCAAUCAGUUUAAGCCCCGCGGGAGCAUUCGAACACACUGUUAAACCUAAUGAUGUUGCGUUCUUAAGAACUGUUAGGGGCAGCUUGAAAUUGAAUUGAACUGCGAGGAGGAUAUUGUUAUCCUGUAUGGAGGUCAGAUGGAUUUCUCCAAAACUCUUCGGGUAAAUGCUUUCGAAGAUAUACUUUAACAACAUACUAUUUGCAUCAUCUGCCAAGUUCACAUUCGUCAUCUAAUUAUUAGGUUGUCUACGGAAAAAAAUACAGGAAAUCUAAUCUCUACUCAAAAUUCUGGAGCUUCACCGUGUUACGGCAAGUUUAAUCCAAAACAGGAAUUACGAGAAUAUGAUGAAGCGGUACCCACUGCGGUUCCAAAGCCAUGCAGUGUGGAACCCGAGUCAACGAAAGGAUUCCUCAACGGACUCCAGUGAUGAGGAAGAGGAAGGCAGGGGUGCUCCCUCGCACCCUUUCACUGACAAAGAUUCCGGGAGCGAAACAGAGUCGGACAGUUCUCAGUCGGAAUCGGAGCCCAAGAUGCCCGACGGGAGAGCAAGGUUUAUAAGCUUGGCCAGGAGAGUCCGUGAGAACUCGCUUCUUAAGUUAGUGAACUUCAAGUCACCUGAUAUAGAGAAAGCCAAACGUCUCCUCGCGAACCUCACCCCGGAACAGAUCUCAAAUGAGAUAGCCACCAAAGAUGGGAGGGGUAACAGUAUUAUCCACUAUGCCUGUAUGAAGGUCUUAAUACCUUGGGUUGAGAUGCUCAUCCAUCAUGGGGCAGAUCUUAAUGUGAGGGGAGCAGGAGGGAAGAGACCGAUACACCUUGCCGUCAGAGACGAAGUUCGGCUAGGGCAGAGAAGGGAUCAAGCUCAGUUGGUCAACCUGUUGGUUGCUAAUGAGGUACAGGUGAAUGUCAAGGACAAUCAAGGUCAGACUCCUCUCCAGGUAGCAUGUAAAUUUGACGGUCAGAAGAUGUUGGUCAGAGCUCUACUCUCACAUCCGAAGAUUCUCGUGGAUCAACCAGUCAAGUUCGGAGGAGUCAAUUCAACCCUUCUAAAUAUCCUCUGCCACUACGGACAGUUUGAGAGCGCCCUCUUGCUUCUGAAGCAUGGAGCCACGCCACUCACUGUCAACGCCGCCAAGAACACCCCCCUCUACAUAAUCCUGAAGAAAGGCAACGUAGAGUACGCUCAGCGGUUCCUUUCGGACUGUCAGCGUAAAGGAUAUGAUAUGCAGAAGAUAUUGUUAGCUAAGAACAUCUAUCAGAAGACGGUUCUGCACGAGGUUAUCAAGACAGGUAGUGAGAAGCUAAUCAAAUACUGUAUGCUACAUGUAAGUCCACAGAAUCAGGAAGAUGGUGCCUCUGUCAAUUAUCUGCUCCACGUCAAGUCUCGCUACGGAUCUACCAUCAUGCACACGGCCUGCAAACAGGGACACCUUGAUAUCCUCCAUAUGCUCCACGACCUUUGCCCUCCACUCCUCUACACGAAGAACUCAAAAGGAUUGACCCCGUUGCACUAUGCCUGCAGGGGAAAUCAUGCCGAAGUCACAGAAGAAAUAUGCAUUAUGUAUCAAAGACAUGACAUGGUGGUGAAACUUAAUUUAAAGGACUACGAAGAUGACGGGUCUCCAUCUCUGCUGAAGUUCACUGCUUUGAAAGGAUCUAGCGAUAGCCUGGUUGUCCUUCUCAAACACAUCAAUGAUUCGUCCAUCCUGAUUGAACUCACCAAAUGGAUCUCGGUCGAAAAAAAUCUUUCUUUGGUGCUUCAGGAAUUGCUGAACCGGUUUGAUGACCUCAGUAUCGGAUGUGAAUCUAUGGAGAUGGAGAAGAGUAUCCUUCGCUGUGCAGAAAAGGGACAGACAGAGAGUCUGUUGGAGUUUGCAUCAAGGUACAGGCGUUCUCUCCAUCUGAAAGAUCCCAAAAGCAACAGUAUCAUGCACCUCAUUGCCCUAGGGGGCCAUUUAGACACUGCAAAAGCUAUCCUGAAGAUCAUGGAUGAGGAUGAUAUCAGACUCUGUGAAAAGAAUAGUUCAGGACAAACACCGCUUCAUCUUUCCAUCAAAGGAGGUCAUAAACUAACCACCAAGCUUUUCCUAAAGACUGACAAGUCACUUGUGACGAUCCAGGACAACAACGAAAUGACCCCAUUGAUGUAUGCUUGUAAAGUAGGGAAUGUUCUAAUUGUGGAGAUGCUACUUGAGCAGGGUCAGGAUCAAAUCAAGUUCUUUGAGUGUGACAUGAAGGGGAGGAAUUGCUUGGACCAUGCGAUCCGAAAUGGUCAUGAAAUGGUUGCUGUAACUCUGUUAUCACAAGAGAAAUGGCGGGAUCUGAUGACUCACUCUACUGGCAAAGGAGCAAACAAAACUACCCCCAUGAGGGAACUCAUCACAACUAUGCCGGGUGUGUGCCGUUUUGUCCUUGAUAAAUGCAUCACAAAAGUGACUGAUGAAAACACGGACGACACAACAUCGGAAAAGAUCAAAGUCGACUAUGAACUUCUUGAAGACUGGUUUUCGGAUUGGAUGCAAAGCUCGCCGACCUCAGGCUUAUUUACCCCUGCCUGUGACCUUAGGCGUGGAACUGGAGGUGACCUUCAAAACUCUGAAGAACAUCAUCCCUCUUACUUUGACCCAUGCUCAUCAUCACCUUCCACCUUGAGCGAGAUGACCCUCAUGUUUGAAAAGAACUCCAAUUUCUACAGUGAUGGGAGAUUGAAAGAGAACGCCGUAAUAUAUGUGACCGACCCCGUCUACAGAUCUCAGAAUCAUCCAUUAAGGCUCAUGAUCCAGAAUGACGAUAGUAAAAUGCUCCUGAAUCACCCAGUCGUGCGCCUGAUGUUUCGCUACAAGUACAACUCAACGCGGCUCAAAUACUGGAUCAGUUUGUUCCUCCGGUUGACCUUGGUGAUCCUGGUUACCGGACAUAGCUUGGUCAUUCCUCCGUCGUUCUACAUAGAAACAAACGAAGAUGGCACCAACUAUACGUGGUUAGCUGAUGGGCGCACCAAGUGGCUCGACAACAUGAAUCCGUCGGCUCUUGUUUUCUUUGGUCAAAUCGGUACCUGGAUCAUCAUCGGGCUCACCCUCAUCUACUUCAUAGAAUUAACUUACCGUGUGUGGAUCCACAGACAAUCAAAGUUGGACUCCAUCCGUGGAUUAGCCAGCAUUGUUCGAGAGAUGGCCCUUCUUACUUUCAUCAUCCUCUUCGUCAUACCUGGCCUUGGUGAAUGGACAUAUGCCCAUGGGGUCAUGUUCAAACCGGAUUGGCAAUGGCAGCUGGGUGCAUUCGCAGUGUUUCUGACCUGGUUCAAUUUUAUCAUUUUCCUGCAGACCACCCCAUUGGUUGGUUUAUAUAUCUUCAUGUUCCUCGAGGUUCUAUCAACCAUUCUGAAGUUCAUCUCUGUGGUUGGUAUUUUCAUCUUUGCCUUUGCUGUUGUUUUCUGCAUUCUUCUCUUGAACCAGGAUGCUUUCCACACAAUGGGGAACUCCAUAGCCAUAAUACUGAGUAUGGCUACAGGAGAGCUCAACUUUGACACGGUCUUUCAUUCCCUGGACUACCUGUACCAGCCUGUGGCUUCCAUCGACUUUACAAACAUAGUCUUCUACCCAGCCUCUACACACAUCAUCUUUUUCUUAUUUAUUAUCUUCAUGCCCAUACUCGUCACGAACCUGCUGACUGCUUUAGCUGUGUACGACGUUGAGAUUAUCCAGAAGAAGGCCAACAUGUACAAACGCACGCUGGAGGCCAAAGGGAUCCUGGAUGUGCAGGACAACUCGGUGAUCUUGCUUUGGAAGCACAGUGUCCUACGAGACGAGGUGAAGAGCAUCCGAACUGAGAUCUCACCCAUGCACAAGCUGUACUACAAAGCCAUUGGUUAUAAAGAGAUCCACGAUCAGCUCGUCGCCUUCCUUGAAGAACUGGAGAAAACGGGAAGUGUGCAGUUCACAAAAACACCGGAGAAGAAGAUCGAAGACAUGGCCGAAAAUAUCAGCGAUAUAAGGAACAAACUGAUAAUGCUCUCCGAGAAUGCAAUAGACUGGAAGAUAGAACAACUGGAGACCAUGAACAGCAUGCAGGAACUAAAGCAUCAGAUGCAGUCGCUUCAGGAUAAGAUAGAUAGCAAGAUAGAGUAAAAGGUGUCCACCCCUUGUCACAAUAGAGUACUGAAAUGAUGAAAUCAACAUGACAUCAACAAUUUUUUGGGGGGAAUUUUAGCAUUUUCGAUACCAUAUUUCAAAAGACCAUGAUGAAAUACUUGUACAAUGCAAAUUUGGUGGUAAUCGGUCUAUGGGGUUUUAAAUAAGACCUCAUGAAUACAUAUAUGUAAUUAGUCCCAUUGAAGUCAAUGUAUUAUUGGCGUGGUUCUAAAUGUUAGGAUUCAGGCCAAUAUUAAUAUAUUGACUUCAAUGGGGCUAAUUACGUAUUCAUAUCUAAGGCCCGCAUGGACCGAUUCCCACCAAAUUUGGGUUGUAGAGGUACAUUAAUUUCAUUAUGCUUAACCGAACAUUAUAUCAAAAUA